CAAUUUUCCUCCAUUUUUGUCCUGAUGUAGGGCCCAUGAAACAUGAAGUAAAACCUCACGGGAAAUCCAUGAACUCACUCACUCAGUGGCUCACAUCCCAUCCCCAUCACAACUCUUUCUCCACCACCUCCAGACCCAAAAAAAACAACACAAGCUAGUUUAACAACACUGCUGUUCUGGCCGGGAACCAGCCAACCAACCAAGAAAACUCCAUAUUUUUUCCUUUCCACUCUCUCUCCAAUUCCGUCCCUUUUUUCUACCUUUAUCAUCAAUCUAACAAAUUAUCUUUUCUUUUCGGGGGUUUGUUUUUUGAUAGUAUAUAAUAUAUAUUUUUUGUUUGUGACAUCCGGAGAACGGAAAGAAAUGAGAACGGCAAAAGGAAGUCAAGAGGAGGAAGAGUACGAUGAAGAAGAGUUUGGUUCCAAAAAAAAGGGGCUUUCUUCUAAUCAAACUGUUUCUGUCAACGCCUAUAACAACAACAACUCCAACAAAGACGGGAAAAACAGUGAUAAGGCUAACGCUAUACGGUCAAAACACUCUGUCACGGAGCAGAGGAGGAGGAGUAAGAUUAAUGAAAGAUUUCAAAUGUUGAGAGAUCUAAUACCAAACACUGAUCAAAAGAGAGAUACAGCUUCAUUCCUGCUAGAGGUGAUAGAGUAUGUCCAAUAUUUACAGGAGAGGGUUCAAAAAUAUGAGGGUUCAUACCAGGGAUGGAGUUCCGAGCCCACAAAAUUAAUGCCAUGGAGAAAUAAUCACUGGCGUGUUCAGAGUUUUGUUGGUCACCCACAAGCUAUUAAAAAUGGUUCUGGCCCAGGGUCAACGUUUACUGGGAAGAUUGAUGAGAAUAACAUCAAUAUCAACCCCACAAUGGUCACAAGUGCACAGAAUCCUGUAGAAGCUGAUCCAAUCAGAGAUGCUACAUCCAAAGCUAUGGAUCGCCAACCUGAGUUGGCUAACAAGGGGAUGCAUCUGCCCAUCCAAGGUGAUAAUGUGCUUGUGCAUCCCCUUCAGAGACCAGUCUCUGAGGCUCAAUCCACUGAGUGUCUUAUCAGCAAUGAUACACUGAACCAACAGGAGGAUCUAACAAUUGAAGGAGGAAGAAUUAGCAUCUCUAGUGUCUAUUCUCAGGGGUUAUUGAACUCUCUGACACAAGCACUUCAGAGCGCGGGUUUGGAUCUGUCACAGGCCAACAUCUCAGUGCAGAUUGAUCUUGGAAAGCGAGCAAAUAGAGGGCUAACAUCUGCUAAGGAACCACAGAAUUCCCCCAAUCAGGCAAUGACUCAUCUUAGAGAUGUGAGCAGCGGAGAGGAUUCUGAUCAUGCCCAAAAACGGCUGAGGAAAUAAGACUGCGUUCCUUGAAACAUCAUUUUUACUCGGUUAUUCCAUCUGUUCUUUCUUUGUGUUUCUUUUCAGUUUCAUUUGGCUUUGUAUAUGCUAUGGUUUUGGUUUUUUUGGGGUCCUUGUAUGUAUCAAUUGUAUUCCGGGUAAGAGCAGUACCCCUUAGAUUAUGUGCUUUAAUGGGGUGGUUCCUCAGAUUUCUGUUCAGGGGAGAUGACAAUGUUUACCUGUAUCAUCAUGGAUGUAUCAUACAUAUUGAUUCGAAUAUAUAUUUUCCUGCGGAACA